AAAAGGAAAUGACACUUGAAACCAGGAAAGAGAUGGAGAAGCAUGCCAAAGCCAAAAAGGAUGAACGUAAAGCUCAGCUCGACCCACGCCACAAGUAUAUCAUAUCGUUAAUUGCAUACGGACUUAACCUGAGCGAACUGGAAGUGGAAGAUUUUAUUAUUUCUGAUGAUAAGUUUGGUAUGAUUGAAGAAUUCUUUGCUGCAAACGGACCAAAAAAGUUAACAUUCUUCUAUCAAGAAAUCACCCAGAAAAAGCUCAGUGGUACUUUAUUGACUGAUGCCAGCUCCGUGACACCUCACAAGAGGGUUUUCCUUUCUAGUGGCUCUGAGGAGGGGCUUCGUGGAGUUUGUAUGUUUUUCCUGAGAACUUCUGAUAAAAGUAUAACGACUGCCAAUGUCAAUCAGGAAGUGAACUUUGGGAUGCUCAACUGUCCUGCCAGCUCCAUUUUGCAAAGUAUGCAAGAACUUUUAUUCCAUGCCAUGGUUCCUGCUCUCAAGUCACAGGAGACCCGAGGAGCAAUAAAAGAUGGCUUGAAAAACAUCCAGAUCCAAGAGUUCUUCACUUCCUUGGAAAAGUUUAUUUCCAGCCUUUCAUCAGCAAGAGACAACAUCAAAAGGAGAUUCCAGCUGCAGAUGGUUGAAUUGGGGGAUUGCCUGGACAAUCUGAAUAGUCCUGCGGACUAUGUGGCAGCAGCGACCAACAAUGAGGUUGUGGAAAAGCUGGAGGGACUGCUGCUGCUGUGGACAAAGCAAAUCGAACAAGUUCUGACUGAGAGUGAGCAGAUGAGGAAAGAAGCAGAUGACAUUGGUCCUGCAGCCGAGCUUGAGCACUGGAAGAAAAGGAUGGUGACUUUUAACAGUCUUCUAGAUGAAAUCAAGAGUGUGAUUGUGAAGAAAGUCCUUGGAGUUUUGCAAAUUGCCAAAUCACGAACUUUGAAGCAUUGGAAACAUUUGGAUGUCUGCAUAACAAGUGCUGCCAAUGAAGCGAGGGACAACGUCAAGUUUCUGUAUACAUUGGAUGGAUUCUUUUCAACUAUUGGCCGGUGCACACCUACCUCCAUGCUGGAGCACAUUCCUAGUCUAAUCAACAGCAUUCGGAUGAUCUACAGCAUAUCCCAGUACUACAACACAUCAGAACGUAUGACCUCUCUCUUUGUGAAAAUCACCAACCAGAUGAUUAGCACUUGCAAGGCCUACCUCUACCAGGGAGUCUCCAAAUUAUGGGAACAUGACACACCUGAACUGAUUCAGAGGAUUCAGGAUUGCUCCGAGAUGAACAAGGAAUACCAGGAGACUUUCCAUCGGGUUAAAGAAAAACUACAUGAAAGCCAGAAUGAGAAGCAGUUUGAGUUCAGUGAGAACUACAUAUUUGGGAAGUUUGACACAUUCUGCAAGCGCUUGGAGAAGAUCUCAGAUAUGAUCAGCACUAUUGAGAACCUAUCCAAUCUACAAAAUGUGAAACUUGAAGGCAUCGAAAAGAUUUACAGCCGGUACCAGACGAUUGUCACAAACACAAAAUCCAAGACCUACGAUGUGCUUGACCUCCGCAUACAAGAGUUUGAUAAUGACUAUGCUGACUUCAAAUACCAAAUUCAAGCCUUGUACCAGUCUUUGCAUGCAUUUGUGGACUCUUGGUUUGACCAGCCUUUAACUACUGAGAGGAUGCUGGAAGUCCUUGCCAAGUUUGACAAGGUUUCAGGGGAUCAGCUUGAUUUGCAUGAAAAAUACCUCAGGGUCCUGCACAGAUACGGGAGAGAUUUGGAAAUUGUUCGUAAACUCUACCAAAAGCAAAAGGAUAAUCCGCCCUCACAUCGCAACAUUCCUCCUGUUGCUGGGAAGAUCAUGUGGGCGAGACAGUUGUUUAGAAAAAUUGAUGUGCCAAUGAAAAUCUUAAAGAAUAAGCCCGAAAUUUUAAAGGCUGCAGACAAGAAAAUCAUUCGAAACUACAACAAAGUAGCUGCUGUUCUGCUGGAGUUUGAGCUUCUCUACCACCGUGGAUGGUGCCAUGCUGCUAAACUUUGUCAUCAAGGGCUUAAUGUCUCUCUACUGGUCCGACAUCCAGAAACCAGGAAGCCAUAUGUGAAUUUUGAUCCAAUUGUUCUUCGGGUGCUAUACGAGGCUAAAUACUUAUCAAAAAUGGGACUUGAAGCUCCAGAGUUGGUAGUGAGUAUGUGCUCACAAGAAGAACAUCUCAAGAAUCUGAACAUCAGAUUGCAAGAAAUGUUAUAUGAUUAUCAAAGAAUAAUAAGUAAAAUCCCACCCAUACUCCAACUGCUGAUGCAACCCUUUCUGAUUCAAGUAGAUGAAGCUCUUUCACCCGGUCUUACAACUUUAUCAUGGACAUCUUUAACUACAGACAAAUUCAUCGACAGUGUCUACAUCAUUCUCCAAGAACUGGAUCAGACGAUAAAGGAGGCAUGUGACACCCUGGAGUGUCGAAUUGAGAAUAUUUUAAAUACCAUGUCUUUCACCAUCUUGCUGGACCUGCCAGAGGAAGAGCCUGUGGACGCACAUGCAUUUUAUAAAAUGACGGAGAAGGUCGUGACAGCAGCAGCUGCCACCUUGGCUGAACAAAGCCAACAAGUGGAAAGAUCCAUGUACGAGCUGAUAAAUGAUCUGAAAACCAAGAUGAGGCCAACAGAUCGGGACAGCCUGCAGGAGUCGUAUCAAUGCCUGCACCCUGAUAGCAAGCUGAAAACCCGUUGUCAGGAGUGUCUUCCCUGCUACUUCUACAACAUGAUGGGGCAGAUCUGCCAGAAGAACACAGAUUCGUUGGUAAAGUCUACUAGGCGCUCCUUGGAUGCUUUGAAGCGGCGUCUGCACGUCGUUUCUUCUAAAUACCUGCCAUCUGCACAGUUUACUAAAAUCCCAAGUCAGCCGCCAGUCUUCAAGGCUUCUAUUGAGCUGGUGAUUCCAAAUGUUGUGAUGAAGCCAAGCUUGGAUGAAAUUCAGAACAACAUCAACAAAGCAGUACAAUCUAUGUUGUUCAUGGCAAAAAAUAUUCCAUUGUGGACCUAUGCACAUUUACAUCACAGACAGCUUCAGAUUGAACAAAAUGCAGCAAGAGAACUUGGAGAUGACAGCAAAAUGACCAAGCAGAUAGUUCAGAAGACUCUUGACAAACAGCUGCGUGAGCACAAAGACAUCAGCAAACUUGUGAUUCAGCUCAGCUCCAUCGUUGCAGCCCUCAAACCUGACGCUGUCAACGUGUUGAACGCCUUCUCACGCUUCUCUCAUUUGUGGGCCCAGGAGCCUGAGGAGCAGGUGGCAGUAUUUGAGAAGACAAAUCCAUCUUUGUCAGAUUUUAAUGUAAAAAUUGCCACCUACACCAAGUUACAAACUCACAUUUCUGAGAUUCCUGCCGUUUACAUCGUGGGACCAAUCCAGCUUCACACGGAUUCACUGAAACUGGCUCUCACACAAGAGUGCCUCCAGUGGAAGAAAGCUUUUGGAGUCUGCCUGAACAAGAAAGCUGCAUCAGAUAUGGAGGAGAUCUACACUUUCAUUGACGCUCUCAGCAAACGUCUGCAUAGACCCAUCACUGAUCUGGAUGAUGUCCGCGAUGCCAUGGCUGCUUUAAAAGAGAUCAGAGAAGCAGAGAUUCGAAUCGACAUGACUAUUGGGCCCAUCGAGGAGACCUUUGCUCUUCUAAACAAGCAUGAGCUCUUGGUUGAUGAUGCAGACAUGAAAAGGGUUGAUGGCCUGGCUUAUGCCUGGAAGAACGUUAAUGCUCAGGUGUUAGUCACCCAGAAUAUUCUCUACGUUGUUCAGCCUACAAUGAAGUCUGAUCUUGUGGACGGGGUUAAGACUUUUCAGACUGAAGUUCGGACUUUUGCUAGAGAUUAUGAAGAAAGUGGGCCGGGAGUUGAAGGCAUACCCCCCCAGGAAGCCAGUGACAGGCUGCAGACCUUCCAGUCAAGAUUUGAUGACCUGUGGAGAAAAUACACCACGUACUCCGGUGGAGAGGAGCUCUUUGGCUUAUCUGUUAAAGAAUACCCAGACUUGCAGAGAGUAAAACGGGAGUUAACGCUGCUGCAGAAACUUUACACUUUGUACAAUUCCGUUAUCGAUAGCGUUAACGGUUACUAUGAGAUACUGUGGAGCGAACUCGAUAUCGAAAAAAUUAACAGCGAGCUUACAGAUUUUCAGAAUCGAAUACGUAAGCUUCCUAAAGCCCUGAAGGAGUGGCAGGCGUUCAAUGACCUCAAAAAGAAGAUUGACGACUUCAGUGAGACGUGUCCCCUACUGGAAAUGAUGGCCAGCAAGGCAAUGCUGCCACGACACUGGGAACGGAUUUCUAAAACCACUGGUUACACUUUUGAGGUGGACUCGGAUCAUUUCUGUCUAAAGAACCUAAUGGAAGCGCCUCUUCUUAAAUUUAAGGAGGACAUUGAGGAUAUCUGCAUCAGUGCUGUUAAGGAGAAGGACAUUGAAGCCAAGCUAAAGGGUGUCGUCAAUGAAUGGAGCGCCCACAUGUUUACUUUUGCACAGUUCAAAACAAGAGGGGAGUUACUUCUGAAAGGCUCUGAUACAAGCGAGAAGGUCUCCUUGAUGGAGGACAGCCUGAUGGUUCUAGCAUCCCUCAUGAGUAACAGGUACAAUGCACCUUUUAAGCCUUUGAUUCAGCAGUGGGUGCAGAAGCUGUCUAACACCACGGAGAUCAUUGAAAGCUGGCUGACGGUGCAGAACCUUUGGAUCUACCUGGAAGCUGUGUUUGUUGGCGGUGACAUUGCUAAACAGCUCCCACAGGAAGCAAAAAUAUUCCAGAAUAUUGACAAAUCCUGGCAGAAAAUAAUCCAGAGAGCACAUGAGACCCCCAACAUUGUCCAGUGCUGUGUGGGUGAUGAGACUCUUGCCCAUCUCCUGCCCAAUCUGCUUGAGCAACUAGAGAUGUGUCAGAAAUCGUUGACGGGCUACCUGGAGAAGAAGAGGCUGGUGUUUCCCAGAUUUUUCUUUGUAUCGGAUCCUGCUCUCCUGGAAAUCCUCGGCCAGGCUUCUGACUCACACACCAUUCAGGCACACUUACUAAGUCUUUUUGAUAACGUCAAUCGAGUGGGAUUUCAUGAGAAGACCUAUGACCAGAUUCUCACGUUCCAGUCCCAGGAAGGAGAAACUGUGAACCUUACAGAACCCAUCAUGGCACAGGGAAAUGUAGAAGUAUGGCUUGGUCUUCUAUUAGAAGGGGUUAAAAAGACAGUCAACAAAAUCAUUGGACAGGCCUUUAUGGCCAUCAGUGACCCCGGCAUGAAACUCUAUGAUUUUGAGGCAAUGUUUCCGGCCCAGAUUGGUCUGCUGGGCAUUCAGAUGAUCUGGACAAGGGAUGCAGAAGAAGCUCUCAUGAAUGCGAAAGUAGACAAGAAGAUUAUGCACACCACCAACCAGAAGUUUCUUGACCUUCUCAAUGACUUGAUUGAUAUGACAACACAAGAUCUCACCAGGAUGGAAAGGACAAAGUACGAAACGCUCAUUACUAUUCAUGUACACCAGAAGGACAUAUUUGAUGAUCUGGUCCGAAUGAACAUCAAGUCCACGUUAGAUUUUGAGUGGCAGAAGCAGUCACGAUUUUACUUUGUGGAAGAUUUUGAUAAAUGCAUCAUUCAAAUCACCGAUGUCGAGUUCAGCUAUUGCAACGAAUAUCUGGGCUGCACAGACCGGCUGGUCAUAACUCCGCUCACUGACAGGUGUUACAUCACAUUGUCCCAGGCCCUCGGGAUGAGUAUGGGUGGAGCUCCAGCAGGACCAGCCGGGACUGGCAAGACAGAAACAACCAAAGACAUGGGGAGAUGCCUGGGAAAGUAUGUGGUCGUGUUCAACUGCUCCGAUCAGAUGGAUUACCGGGGGCUUGGCCGCAUUUACAAAGGUCUUGCUCAGUCUGGUGCCUGGGGCUGCUUUGAUGAGUUCAAUCGUAUCGAACUUCCGGUGCUCUCCGUCGCCGCUCAGCAGAUCUACAUUGUCCUGCAAUGCAAGAAGAACAAGAAGCCUCAAUUUAUCUUCACUGAUGGAGAUGUGGUAGACAUGGACCGAGAGUUUGGAAUUUUUCUCACAAUGAAUCCAGGAUAUGCAGGACGACAAGAGCUCCCAGAAAACCUGAAGAUUCAGUUCCGUACUGUUGCAAUGAUGGUGCCAGACAGAGCCAUUAUUAUGAGGGUCAAAUUGGCCAGUGCUGGUUUUCGUGACAAUCAGAUUCUCAGCCGAAAAUUUUACACCUUGUAUAAACUCUGUGAAGAGCAGCUUUCUAAACAGGUCCACUAUGACUUUGGUUUGAGAAAUAUUCUUUCUGUGCUGAGAACCCUCGGAGCUGUGAAGAGGGGGAACCCCAAUGAGCCAGAGAAGACAGUCGUAAUGAGAGUCCUCCGUGACAUGAACCUUUCCAAACUGGUGGACGAGGAUGAGCCCUUAUUCAUGAGUCUUAUUAAUGACCUUUUCCCUGGAAUAACUUUGGAUAAAGCUGGAUACCCAGAGUUGGAGGCCGCCAUCCUGAAGCAGACAGAGGCGGCAGGUUUAAUUUUUCACCCACCAUGGAUCCUCAAACUCAUUCAACUGUAUGAGACUCAAAGAGUCCGACAUGGAAUGAUGACCCUGGGUCCCAGUGGUGCUGGAAAAACAAAGUGCAUCCACACUCUUAUGAAGGCCAUGACCAAUUGUGGGAUGCCACAUAAAGAGAUGAGAAUGAACCCAAAAGCCAUCACAGCCUCUCAGAUGUUUGGGACCCUAGACGUGGCAACAAACGACUGGACUGAUGGUAUCUUCUCAACUUUGUGGAGAAAAACUCUUAAAUCAAAAAAGGGUGAGCACAUCUGGAUAGUUCUGGAUGGUCCUGUGGAUGCCAUUUGGAUUGAAAACCUGAACUCCGUCCUGGAUGACAAUAAGACUCUCACUUUAGCUAAUGGUGACCGGAUCCCCAUGUCACCUAGCUGCAAAAUUGUCUUUGAACCACACAACAUCGAUAAUGCCUCUCCUGCCACGGUCUCUCGAAACGGGAUGGUGUUCAUGAGUUCUUCAGUUUUGGACUUUAGGCCUAUCUUGAAGGCUUGGCUUCAGAAGCUGCCCAACGCACAGUCUGAACCUCUCUGGAACAACUUUAACAAUGCAUUCCAGGAUUUAAUUAAUUUUGUAAACACAGCUGUGUCUCCAAAAAUGCCAAUCUUGGAAUGCAUGUACAUCAAGCAGGCCAUCAACCUCCUGCAGGGUUUAUUGCCCUCUGCAGAAGAAAAGCAGCCCACGGCACAGCAUGUCGGCCGGCUCUUCAUCUUUGCAGUUAUGUGGUCAGUAGGAGCGCUUUUGGAAUUGGAGGACAGGGCCAAAAUGGAGGCUUUCCUUAAAAAGCAUACGGCCAAGCUCGAGCUCCCUGUGACCACCGGAGAUCAAACCAUCUUUGAGUUUGUUGUCAAUGAGAAUGGCAACUGGGAUCAUUGGUCUAAGAAGGUUCCAGAAUAUAUUUACCCCAAAGACUCAGUUCCAGAUUAUUCAUCAAUCCUUGUGCCGAAUGUUGACAACGUGCGUACAGACUUUCUAAUGGAUACAAUCAUGAGCCAAAACAAAGCUGUUCUUCUCAUCGGGGAACAGGGCACCGCGAAGACAGUUAUGAUAAAGGGAUAUACAGGUAAAUAUGAUCCUGAAGCCCAUUUAACUAAAAGCAUGAACUUCUCUUCUGCCACUCUGCCUACUAUGUUCCAAAGAACUGUUGAGAGUUACAUCGACAAGAGAAUAGGAACAACUUAUGGACCCCCAGCUGGGAAGAAGAUGACUGUGUUUAUCGAUGACAUCAACAUGCCAAUAAUCAAUGAAUGGGGGGACCAGAUAACCAAUGAAAUUGUUCGCCAAUUAAUGGAACAAAAGGGCUUCUACAACCUUGACAAGCCAGGAGAAUUUACUACCAUUGUUGACAUCCAGUUUGUUGCUGCAAUGAUUCACCCCGGUGGAGGCAGAAACGAUAUCCCCCAACGCUUGAAGCGGCAGUUUUCGGUUUUUAACUGCACCUUGCCCUCCAACUCCUCAAUCGAUAAGAUUUUUAGGACUGUGUCAGAGGGCUAUUUUUGUGAGGAACGGGGUUUUCCAAAAGAAGUCUGUGACCUGGCUUCUGCCCUUGUGCCAACAACUCGCAGACUUUGGCAAGCCACCAAAAUUAAAAUGCUGCCUACACCAGCGAAAUUCCACUACAUCUUUAAUUUGAGAGAUCUGAGUCGAAUUUGGCAAGGAAUCCUUAAAGUCAUUGCUGAAGUCUGCCAGACCACGGAUGUGUUGAUAGCACUUUUCCUGCAUGAGUGCGCCCGAGUUAUCUCUGACAGGUUCACCAAUGAAAAGGACAAGGAGUGGUUCGACAAGACCAUUCUGAAGGUUGCAGCUGACGACCACGGAGCAGACCUCAUCGAUGCAGCUCCAAAGGAGGCGUACUUUGUUGACUUCCUACGGGAUGCUCCAGAAGCCACUGGAGAUGAGCCAGAGGAUGCUGAACUAGAAGCCCCUAAGAUCUACGAGCCCAUUCCGUCUUUUGAGAAGCUAUCGGAACGUCUGGAGUCAUUCAUGCAGCAGUACAAUGAGGCGAUCAGAGGAGCUCACAUGGACCUUGUAUGCUUUAAGGAUGCAAUGAUCCAUUUAAUGAAGGUUUCUCGCAUAAUUCGCACUCCACAAGGAAAUGCCCUGUUGGUAGGGGUUGGCGGCUCAGGGAAGCAAAGCUUGACCAGAUUGUCUUCUUUCAUUGCCGGUUACGAGAGCUUCCAGAUUACCCUCACGCGAACAUACAAUGCUAGCAAUCUUAUGGAAGAUCUUAAGCAGCUCUAUCGGACAGCCGGUCAAAGGGGAAAAGGUAUCACUUUCAUCUUCACGGACAAUGAAAUUAAAGACGAGUCUUUCCUGGAGUAUAUGAACAACGUGUUGGCCUCCGGCGAGGUUUCGAACCUGUUUGCCCGUGACGAGGUGGACGAGAUCACUCAAGACCUUAUUGGAGUAAUGAAGAAGGAAUAUCCUCGACGAGUCCCCACGCCAGAGAACCUAUACGACUAUUUUCUUUCUCGAGUUCGCAGUAAUCUCCAUGUUAUUCUCUGUUUCUCACCUGUGGGAGAGAAAUUUCGCACCCGUGCUCUGAAGUUCCCUGGGCUCAUUUCCGGUUGCACUAUGGACUGGUUUCAGCGAUGGCCUAAGGAUGCUCUGGUGGCUGUGGCUCAAUACUUUCUUAGCGCUUACCAAAUCGAGUGUUCAGAUGAAGUGAAGCACAAUGUGGUGAACACCAUGGGAACCUUUCAAGAUCUGGUGGCGGAAAAGUGCGUAGAGUACUUUGAGCGCUUUCGACGUCAGACCUAUGUGACGCCAAAGUCAUACUUGUCCUUCAUAGAUGGAUACAAAAUCAUCUACAGUGAGAAGAUUGCUUAUGUGGGGAUGCUUGCUGAACGCAUGAGGACAGGUUUGGCAAAGCUCAAUGAGGCUGAAGAAUCGAUUAAUCUGCUGUCCAAGGAACUGGCAGUGAAGGAAGCAGACUUAGCUGUGGCAUCCAUCAAAGCAGACAAAGUGCUUCAGGAGGUCACAGAGAAGGCCCAGGCUGCUGAGGCUGUGAAAGCACAAGUGCAGAAAGUGAAGGACAAAGCCCAGGCCAUCGUGGAUGACAUCGAGGCUGAUAAAGCUGUGGCCGAGGGAAAACUAGAAGCAGCAAGGCCUGGCUUGGAAGCAGCAGAAGAAGCUUUGAAGACCAUCAAACCCACCGAUAUCGCCACCGUGAGAAAGCUCGGUAAGCCCCCUCACCUGAUCAUGCGCAUCAUGGACUGCGUGCUGCUGCUGUUUCAGAGGAGACUCGACACGGUCACUGCGGACCCUGAGCGGCCUUGUAACAGACCCUCAUGGGCGGAGGCCUUGAAGCUGAUGAAUUUUUCUGGAUUCCUCAAUAUGUUGCUGAAUUUUCCAAAGGAUACCAUUACAGGAGAAGUGGUUGAAUUACUUACACCUUACCUGUUAAUGGAGGACUACAACUUUGAAACAGCAAAAAAAGUCUGUGGUAAUGUGGCUGGGCUCUGCUCGUGGACCCUAGCUAUGUCUGACUUUUUUGGAAUUAACAAAGAGGUCCUUCCACUUAAGGCAAACCUGAAGUUACAAGAGGCAAGGCUUGGCGUAGCCCAGACAGAGCUGAAUAACGCUCAGCAGCAGCUCGAUGACAAGCAGAAGGAGCUCGAUGAAGUGCAGGCCAUGUACAAUGCUGCUAGAAAUGAGAAGCAGACCCUCCUGGAUGACGCCGAUGCCUGCCGGAGGAAGAUGAACAACGCCACGACUCUCAUUGAAGGCUUGGGUGGAGAGAAGAUUCGUUGGACACAAAGCAGCAAAGUCUUUCAAAGUCAGAUCAUCCGAAUGGUGGGUGACGUCCUCCUAGCUACUGGUUUUCUUUCUUAUUCGGGUCCCUUCAACCAGGAGUACAGAAACCUUCUGAUUCAGCUGUGGAAGAAGGAGAUGAGUGUCAAUAAGAUCCCUUACAGUGAAGACAUAAAUCUCAUAAGCAUGCUGGUUGACACCACCACAAUCAGUGAGUGGAAUCUGCAGGGUCUUCCCAACGAUGACCUCUCCAUUCAGAACGGCAUCAUUGUGACCAAAGCUUCUCGUUAUCCACUGCUGAUUGAUCCUCAAGGACAGGGCAAGAUCUGGAUUAAAAACAGGGAGAAGCUCAAUGAUCUGCAGGUGACAUCUUUAAAUCAUAAAUACUUCCGGACCCACCUGGAGGACAGUCUCUCACUUGGGAGGCCGCUGCUCAUCGAGGAUGUUGGGGAAGACCUGGACCCUGCUUUGGAUAAUAUCCUUGAAAAAAAUUUUAUUAAAUCUGGAUCCACAUAUAAAGUAAAAGUUGGAGAUAAAGAAAUUGAUGUUAUGAAGUCAUUCAAGCUUUACAUAACCACCAAACUUGCCAACCCAGCCUACACCCCAGAGGUCAGUGCCAAGACAGCCGUCAUUGACUUCACAGUGACCAUGAGAGGACUCGAGGAUCAGCUGCUAGGCCGGGUGAUUCUCACCGAGAAGCAGGAACUGGAAUCCGAGAGAGUGACACUUCUUGAGGAAGUAACGUCAAAUAAAAGGAAGAUGCAGGAGCUGGAAGACAACCUCUUGUAUCGCCUGACAAGCACCGAGGGCUCCCUAGUGGAGGACGACUCGUUGAUCGAAGUUUUACACAUCACGAAAGCCACAGCAGAGGAGGUCAGUAAAAAGCUUACAAUCGCUGCAGAAACGGAAAUUAAAAUCAAUGCUGCUAGAGAAGAGUAUCGGCCAGUGGCCUCCAGGGGCAGCAACCUCUACUUCUUGAUUGUGGAAAUGAGCCUGGUGAAUAUCAUGUACCAGACGUCACUCCGACAGUUUCUGGGGAUCUUUGACAUCUCCAUGGAACGGUCGGUAAAGUCUCCCAUCAACUCCAAACGGAUUGCCAACAUCAUCGAGUAUCUCACUUAUGAAGUGUUCAGGUACACGGCCCGAGGGCUCUAUGAAGAUCACAAGUUUCUCUUCACGCUGCUCCUGGCAUUAAAAAUAGACCUGCAAUCCAAGAGGAUCUCACAUGGGGAGUUCCAGACUCUUAUCAAAGGGGGUGCAUCAUUGGACCUCAACUCUGUUGACCCCAAACCUAAGAAAUGGAUUUUGGACAUGACAUGGCUGAAUUUGGUACAACUGUCUCAUCUGAACCCUUUCUCCCAGCUUCUCUCUCAAGUUGCCAGAAAUGAUAAAGCCUGGAAGCAAUGGUUUGAUGAGGAAGCCCCAGAAGAGGCCAUCACUCCAGAUGGCUACGACAGUCUACUUGACACAUUUCGUAAACUCUUACUCAUCCGAAGUUGGGCCCCUGACCGCACUAUAGCACAGGCUCGCCACUACAUUGCAGAAUCUCUCGGGGUGAAAUAUGCUGAAGGUGUAAUUUUGGAUAUGGAUGCAAUGUGGGCAGAGAGUGACAGCCAAACCCCAAUGAUCUGCUUCUUAUCAAUGGGUUCAGAUCCCACCGAAAAUAUUGAGCGUCUUGCUAAAACAAAGAACACUCCGUGCCGCGCCAUUUCAAUGGGCCAGGGUCAGGAGGUCCAUGCCAGGCGCCUGCUAAAUCAGAGCAUGCUGGACGGAGGCUGGCUUCUGCUGCAGAACUGCCAUCUGGGUUUGGAUUUCCUGGAAGAGCUCCUGGACACCAUCACCACCACCGAGACCAUGCACGAGGGCUGCCGCACCUGGAUCACCACCGAGGUGAAUGCGAAAUUCCCAAUCAACCUGUUGCAGUCCUCCAUCAAAUUUACUAAUGAACCGCCUCAAGGUGUCAAAGCCGGCUUGAAGCGGACCUAUUCGGGCAUCAGCCAGGAGCUACUGGACAUUAGCAAUAUGCCACAAUGGAAACCUCUGCUGUACACCGUCGCCUUUCUACACACAACCGUACAGGAGAGGCGUAAGUUUGGUCCUCUGGGCUGGAACAUUCCCUAUGAAUUCAAUCAGGCCGAUUUUACUGCUAGCGUGCAGUUUGUCCAGAAUCACUUGGAUGAGAUGGACAUUAAGCGCGGGGUCAACUGGACCUGCGUUCGCUACAUGCUGGCUGAGGUGCAAUAUGGCGGCCGUGUGACAGAUGAUCUGGAUAAGCAUUUGCUGAAAACGUUUGCAAGAGUCUGGUUUGGGGAGAACACUUUCUCCGACAAGUUUUGUUUCUACAAGGGAUACAACAUUCCGAGGGGAAAGAGCAUCCAGGACUACCUGCAGCAUAUCGAGUCGAUGCCUCUUGUUGAUACUCCAGAGGUGUUUGGUCUUCACCCAAAUGCAGAUAUCACGUACCAAACCAACAUGGCCAAUGUGACACUCAGCACAAUUGUGAACAUUCAGCCUAAAGACAGCGGGGGUGGGGGUGGCGAGACCAGAGAAGCCACCGUUCAGCGAUUAGCCAAUGAGAUGUUGGAAAAGCUGCCGCCAGACUACAUACCUCAUGAGGUCAGAGCUCGUCUCCAGAAAAUGGGUCCCUUUCAGCCAAUGAAUAUUUUCCUGCGCCAAGAACUUGACCGCAUGCAGCGCAUCAUUGGCAGAGUGCGGACCACCCUCACUGACCUCAAGCUUGCUAUAGAUGGUACUAUCAUCAUGUCUGAAGACUUGAGGGAUGCUCUGGAUAACCUGUAUGAUGCUAGGAUACCAAAACUGUGGCAAAAAGUAUCCUGGGAGUCUGCAACCCUGGGUUUUUGGUUCACUGAACUCUUAGAAAGAAACCAGCAGUUUCAUACCUGGAUAUUUGAAGGACGACCCAACCAGUUCUGGAUGACAGGAUUCUUUAACCCACAGGGCUUCUUAACUGCUAUGCGUCAAGAAACAACUCGUAUGAAUGUAUCCAAAGGUUGGGCAUUGGACAGUGUCGUCCUCUACAAUGACGUGACAAAGAUGAUGAAAGAAGAUGUCACGUGUCCUCCUCCCGCUGACAUUGGUGGAGUCUACGUCUAUGGGCUUUUCCUGGAUGGAGCUGGGUGGGAUAAAAAAAACACGAAACUUAUGGAGUCGUCACCCAAGGUCUUGUUCACGUUGUUGCCUGUAGUUCACGUGUACGCCAUUAGCACUACAAGCCCUUCAGACUCAAAGAAGCAGCAAGGCAACCUGUACUCCUGCCCCGUGUAUAAAAAACCACGGCGCACUGACCUGACGUUCAUUUUCUCUUUGUACCUGAGAACGGCACAAGACGCCGACCACUGGACCCUCCGAGGUGUGGCCCUGCUCUGUGACAACAAAUAAGAGAACAGCCGACCCCUCGCCUGACGGGGCUUUCUUUCUACUCUUUGCAUGUGGCUUUG